AUGGAACCGGUGUACAAGGCUGAGUUGUAUGAGCCCAAACUAAUUUCGAUGCAGUUUAUGACUGAGAAAAAAAUCCAGGUCAAAGCAACUUACAGGGCUGAAGAAGAUGAUAAAAAGGUCUAUGUAUCAGACAAUGUGAUGGAGCAGUUAAUCACCAAAGAUCUAAAGGAUCCAAAUCUAGACCUAGAGCUAGAGCAGGAAUUUAGUGAUGAGAAUGCUGGAGUUGUUACCACUCAUGGAUUCAAAUGUGAGCUUUGUGAUGUAACUUGCACGAGUGCUGAAAAUCUGAGUACUCAUGUUAAAGGUAAGAAACAUUUGAGAAUUGUGCGUGCUGCGGAGGACAUGGCAAAAAAAGAUGAGGGGGUGGAGAUGGAGAAAGAGGAGGCAGUCGAAAAAACUGAUGGAGUUAUAGGGGAAGAAGAAAAUGAUGAUAGUUAA